GACUCUGUCAUAUCGUAGUCGCUUUCUCGAUGCAUCUCACUGAUGCAUGUCAUUAUUAUACAGUGUUAUGCUUUAUUUAAAUUUCACCUUCUAUUGUGAGCGAGGUGAAACGGGUGGAGCGAGAUCCGAGGAAAGGAGCAGUGUGGGCUCGGCUGUGGCGACGAUCGCCUCUUUCGAAUCUACUGCGGUCCGGCUACUCCGCGUCCUUAUAAAUCGGGUUAAUUUUACUUACAAUUCAAGUUAUUCAUAUAUAAAUUGCUUUAGCGCGUGUUGACCGUGGGAUCGCCAUGUCGGUCAAGCUGACACUUUCGCUACUACUCGUUGCGCUCGCCGUUGCUAACGCCGCUAGUAUUUUAGACUACCUCGACUUCGACGACAGUAAGAAACUGAUAGCGGUUCCCGAAUUGCGACAAGAGCAACCGAAUCGAAACUGCCUUUGCAAAGGCCCUGCCUGCGUUUGCUGCGUCGACUUCAACAUUACAUUUGUCGAUCUCGGCGGGCCAGGAUGUGUUCACAUGAAAUAUGUCUCGCCAGAAGAAGGAUUUUCUGUGAACGUCUCCUACGGCAAAAAUCUUAUUCACAGCUCCAAAAUUCAAGGCGCUAAUCCAGAGCCGAUUUGUUUGGAAGUAUUCGGCAAGUUCGCACAAGUUUGCGCCAAGUUCAGUGACCUUGCACCAACGGCUGAUGGCCUCAGAGGAUGUUUGGAGCUCACACCUAAACUGCUGGGUGAAUCGCAACUAGAGUUCCCGAUCGGUUGCUUCAAGUCCACAACAGGAGGAAUGGAAAUGGAAGAUCCGCCGGAAGAAACCACUGAAGAAAACACAACUGAAGAGAACAACGCGGACGAAAACAAUGGUUUUGACGCUGAGACUUUCCUCCUUGGUGUAUAUCAAACCGCGGAACAAGGAGUUGCCUUCCUUUCCAGCCUACUAGAUUUGCCCAACAAAUUCAAUACAACGAAACCUACCCAACCAGAGCUCACAACGACUACGCCAGUAGAAACUACAAGCCCAGAAGGUGUCCAAAGAGCUCCGAAAAAACUGAAGCAUCCCAACCAACUGUGAUAUCCAUUCGCUUCCUGAUUUGUUUUUAGUACAAAGAGGCAUUUCUUAGAAAUUAGCCGCUACACUGCGUAAUUUUAUGUCGAUUAAUCCUAUUUAUUGCUUUAAUAUGUGUAACUUUUUGCUAGAUGUAUUUUAUUUUUAAUUUUGGUAAAAAAAAAUAAAAGACUGGACA